ACCCUUAAAACGCGCUCUUCGCUAUCCCCCAUAAAAGCAAAACUACCCUUCUCAACAUUUAACAAACCCAAACUGAUCAACCACAACAAGAAGAAGAAGCUCCAAGGAAGAGAGGAAAUCAUUAAACUAUUGAUUUCGUUUGAGGCCUAAUGUUGGAAUCUGAGUACUCUUCAGCUGAGUUGCAAUGGACGUUGUUGAUGUCGGACUCCGACAUGGCAGCAGCCGCGCAACAACUGAUGCAACUCAGCGAUGAAGAUAACAGCAGCAGCAGCAGCAGCAGCAAUGGCAACAACAAUAACAAGAAAAUCAUAGCGAAGAUGAUGAAAGACGAGAGAUACUUGGAACAAAUUCAAAAUGAGAUAACUUCAGCAAAGAUUGAAGAAAUUUUUGGGAAAGAAGAGAUUUCAAGACCAACUAAGAAGCGGAGGUAUCGGUUCCUUGAGAGUAUUUACAAGGAGACAAAACCUAUGAAGGUUAGCUAUGGGAAAGGGAAUGGGAAUAGUUUGUGCUAUUGAAAUAAACCCUAAUGGGAAAAUUUUGUGUAAAGAUGGAUUACUAUUUGUCUAAUGAAGACUUGGUUUAUUUUGGGUUGCUCGUUUGGUGAUAGAACUAAGCUUGUUGAUCAUUGUUUUCUUCUGGGUUUGGGUCAUUAAUCAUGAUCAUGAAGCUUUGAUCAACUGACUUCUUACUUUUUAAUAAAAUUUUGGAUAGAUUUAA